ACCUGCACCUGAAGUAUGGGUGAGGUUGGAGAUGGGCUGAAGGCCACUGAGCGGAUCAGGAAUGAGGGCUCUGUAUUAGCAGGCUGCAUUCCCACUCUGGGGCUUACCAGGUCGGUGCUAGAUGUUGGCAUCACAGCAGUACUCAAAGAGGGACGGCACACUGGAUCUGCCCCUGCUUUCUGCUAGGUCUCAGUGGCAGCACAGCCCUGCAAAACGACACCAGCAGCACCCCAGACGCCUCCCGAGCCCUGGGGUGAGGCUCUUAGCCCUGCCCAUACCUCCCCGUCCUCCUCACCCCUUCAGCUGACCCACGUUCGUCCUCCUCCUCCUCCUCCUCCCAACCCAACCCACGCUCCCUACCCUGCAGCCUUCGGCCCCACCUGCCGGCCGCCAUCUUGGCCUCUCCGUUUCUUCACAGCCCAGCCCUUCCCGCCUUUUCUUUUUCUGUCACCCAUUGGCUAGCCGGUGGCAAAGGCGGGCGAUGAUUGGCCUGCGCUGGUGCCCGUCACUUGCCGCCCAUCGCCGCCCCGCCCACCGUGCUCACCUCAGCGAGGCCGCGGGGGAAAUGGCGGUGGUGUGGGGUGAGGUGCUGCGGAUUCACGCGGCCUCCCGUGGGCUGGCGUUGCUCCGUCCCCAGAUGUGUCCACACAGCUCCCACGCCCCUUGGCCUGUGGCAGGGCCCUGCCCUGAGGGAUAUGCCCACUCGUGGGUCUGUCAGCCACAGUAGUCAUGUUUGUGGGGUGGGAGUGUAUGACAAUGUGCAGAAAACACCAGAAUACUGGCUAAAACCCACCAGAAGUUGGCCAAAAUACCUGAGUAUUUGUCCCCAAAUGCCUCCCUCUCCUCAUUUAAUGCAUUUAUCCUUUGUUUCCAAAGGGAACUUUGGGUGUCCUCUGCCUCAAGGUAAUCUGGGUAAUCUGUGGGGUGUUGGGCUCCUCCCUCCAAAAAACUGUCAUUUUUGUAGAGGGUUCCCUGAGGUUUUGCUGUCCCACAGCUCAGUUCUCAUCAAUAACCCAUAAUAUGAAGGCUAACUGGAUGUUUUCCCUAAUGAAUUUCCUGCAGGCUGCUGAGGAGCUCAGCUGUGGGGCCACGCUUUGGACGGAGGUGAGAGCAGCCCUGCAGUGGGCCAACACCCCCAGGGCUGUGUGAUGUCUUCCCAUCACCCCAACGUCACCAUGGCACACCAGGAGCAUGAGGGGGAGCCAGAGGAGACACAAAAUGACGAUGCCUGCUGCCCUGGGCCAGGCAAGGAAAAGGCCCAUGAAGAGAGCUCACGGCCGAGGAUGGAGCCACCGGGUGCAGCGGUGCUGGAUGGACAGGCGUCCCGCUACUUCGCCGCCCUGGACUCCAGUGUGGGGGACCUGCGGCAGCGGGCGCAGCGCCUCAUAGACAGGCUGAACGACAGCCGCAAGGAGGACCACACCGUGAUGAGUGGCUUCCGCGACAGCCUGCAGCUGAAGGUGUCCAACCUGGCUGAGCAGCUGGAGGAGAGGCUCUUCCAGCUCUACAGUCUCCACAAUGAGCUGAUCCAGGAGCGGCUGCAGGAGCUGGCAGAGGUGAUGGAGCGCGUCCGGCAAGCCGAGGACGAGCUGCAGCAGGUCUGCCACACUGUGGAGGCAGCCUACAGGGACCUGUGCCUGCAGCCCGAAACGUGAGCAUAGCCCCUGAGCCCA